CACAUAGUCAUCUUUGAAUCUCAACCUAAGCUUCAAAUUUUCUCAACAACACCAUCCAAACGAGUUGUGUUCGUAGCCUGACACAACACAAAUAUGGGUAUAUCCAGCCUUCUCAAAUCCGGCACCUUCUUCCGUUCGAAGAGCCACAACGAUAGUGCAAACACCGGGAUCAAAGACAUGCAUAGCAGUGCCACAAAUGAUACACACCAACAAUCAGCUUCGAGGUGUCCCGUUGCCCAUCUGAAUAAAAUGGAGAAAGGAUCAACGGAUACCGUGGUUGCAUCACCGGAAUCGACAGCAAACGAAACUUCUGACCAGACUCAAAGCGUCUCCGCUGACGCACCUCCAUACAUAUCGAGUACAAAGAACAAGUCCAACUGUACGGAUCUAGUGGCACAGGUCCAGGCGAGAUCCCGGAGUCAGGUCGGCUCACAACGGCCACAGAUGACCAUGGACAGAACAAGCACUAGUUACCUCCUACAAGAGAUCGGCGGCAAGGAGGCGAUGGUCAAGAUGGUCACGCGCUUCUACGAACACGCCUUCAAGGAUAAACUACUGGAUACUUUUAUUAUGAAUCACAACGAUCCGCACGGGGAACGUCUAGGACUAUGGUUAGCCGAUAAAAUGGGGGACAUCGGUGUAUGGAGCAACCAUCGUCCAACGUAUGCACGACAAAUGGCUCAUCACCGCUCCUGGUACAGCCACAAGCGCGCAGCCGAAGACAUGGGCAACUCAUUUCAACUGAAAGACUGCGUGGUAUGGAUGCGGCUCAUGUUUUGGUCGGCCAGACAGGAGGGACUGAUGGAGAAUGUCCACUUCCGAGAAUGGUUUAUUUUCGCUAUCACACUCGCGAUUCGGGUAUACGAGUAUACCGCACCUCCGCAUACUCGGGCCUGUGCCGAUUGGUCUUUGAAGCAAGAGAACAUACGACUAUACCAGCAAAAUGGGUAUAGUAUGCCAGACUUGGAUCAGUUUCAGAACAGACGGUGA